AUGAGAUUAAAGCCAGCUCUUGUGGUGGUGCACAUUUCAGGGACUCCAUGCUGUGCAGUACUGCUGCAUUGCUAUGCUACAUUCACAGUAGCUGUAGUAUUUUUCCAAGAUGAUAGGAGGAGAUCCAAAGGUCCAGGCACUGAGAUAUGGCAAGGGGACAGAAGCUGUGCUCUGAGGACCAGAACAUAG